GGUUUGAAGUUGGAGCUUAAAAACCUUCUCUCUCUCUCUCUCUCUCUCUCUCUCAUUUCCGAACAAGAAAGGAACUGAAACUAAACCAGACUGUCUCUCUUACUUUCUUUCUGUGUGUGUGUGUGUUUAUCUCUCUCAUGGAUGCUGAGAAUGUGGAGGUUGGUUUUGAAGAAGGAAAGUUGCGGUUACCUUCGCAUGUUCUAGAUGAUCAGGAAUGCGUCACGAAGGCGCAUAUGAGGAAACGACAAUCCCAACAGCACCAUCGUCGCAAAGCUCCUGUAGAGCCACUUCCACAGCAUUUGAAAUCUAGCACAAGACCACAUCAUAGACCAAAAGUUGGACCCAAUGGGGCAUCGGGAGGAUCUGGAAUGCAAGCUUUCUUCCUGGAGUCAGGCCGAAAAUCAUGUGGAACUGGCGUUUUUCUUCCGCAAAGGGUAGGCGCCAACUCCCAAGCAAGCAAGAAGCCAGCUUGCUCUCCAGUUCUCCUCCCUUCUCGUGUCGUUCAAGCUCUCAACCUCAAUGUGCAUGCAUUAGGUUUGCAUAUACCGCCUCGAAAAGAUACUCAAGGCAAACCCAAAGUUAGAGAUUGUAAUUCAAGCAUAAACAAGAAUGUCAAGGAAUUACCAGCACAAUGUUGCAUUAUGUCUCAGAAUGAAAGUUCACCGGAGAUAUUUCUUCCAAAGGAAUGGACUUACUAGCUCCAAGUAGGCUUUUUGUUGUACAAAAAAUUCAUAAAGCAAAAGUUGGGCAGAAGCUCUUUUGUGUUAUUUACGUGCUGUUAAUUGUAAUUGAUUGUGUAAUGUGCAAUGUAAUAAUAACAGCAUAAGUCUCGAUCCUUUUAGAUUCCGUAGGUGUCCGCCGAAUUUAUGUUAUAUGUUUUUCAGUACUAGAGUAAAAAACACUCAUAUCAUUACAAAGAAAUAAUAUAUAUCAAAAUAACAUUUCUA